AUGGAGGAUACAGUCUCAAGGUCCGUUGACCAAGCGAGCCCAAGUCUCCGCGACCUCAGCAUUAAAAUCCACGAAAACCCCGAACUCAACUACGCCGAGCACAGAGCCCACAGCGAAAUUUGCAACUUCCUCACCAGCCAGGGCCUCAAUAUCACCAUAACCCCCAAAGCCUACGGCCUCGACACAUCCUUCCUCGCCGAAUACGGCCAGGGCGGCCGGGUGGUAACCUUCUGCGCCGAGUACGAUGCCCUGCCUAAGAUCGGGCACGGCUGCGGCCACAAUCUCAUAGCAGUCACCUCCAUCGCCGCAUUCCUGGCCUCCGUCGCAGUCCUCAAGGAGAGCAACACCCCCGGAAGAGUGCGUCUGCUAGGCUGCCCUGCUGAAGAAGGCGGCGGCGGGAAAAUAAAGCUCAUCAACGCGGGCGCAUUCACAGGGACUGAUGCCGCGCUCAUGAGCCACCCCCUCUCGCAUCUGCCGCAUAUCAGCGCCCGCUCUGCGGGUGUCGCGUACGGGACAUGUUUGGCUGCAGUAGGGUUCUCGGCCAGGUUUAAUGGGAAGCCCGCGCAUGCAGGUCAGACGCCAUGGUUGGGACUGAAUGCUCUUGAUGCGGCUUCCCUGACGUACUCGGCGGUGGGUUUGCUCAGACAGCAUAUCAAGCCAACCGAUCGGAUCGGAAUCAUUCUUCCAGAGGGGGGGGCGGCGACAAAUAUCAUCCCUGAUAAGGGUGCCAUCGAAUGCACUGUUCGAUCGGCGACGUUGAAUGAUAUGCAGAGUUUGCGGACCAAGGUUGAGAACUGCUGUCGUGGGGCUGCGUUGGCUACGGGGUGUACUGUUGAUAUUGUCCCAGGGUGGGUUCUGUUUCUUCUCCCUAUAGGGUCUGGCAGUGGCGAUGCUAACAUUGUUAGAAUGGACGCCUAUGCCGAUAUUCGCCCGAACGACAGUCUAUGCUCCGAGUUCACUCGGUAUAUGGGCACCCUAGGGCGAGAAUACUACUGUGAUUUGCAGCUAAAGGAUGUUGGCACAUUCAGCACUGACAUGGGCAAUGUCAGUUAUGAAGUCCCUUCAUUCCACGGCCUCCAUUUCAUCCCCACGCCCGGCGGGACGGCCAUGCACACGGAGGGAUUCCGCGAUGCUGCGAAAACACAAGAGGCUCACGAUGUCUGCAUGGGUGUUGCGAAGGGUCUGGCUGUAGCUGGGUUACGGGUUCUAUUUGAUGAUGGAUUUGCGGCGCAGGCGAAGGCCGAUUUCGAGCAGGAUAGGAAGUUCAGAUAG